AAACCCUAACGAGAGAACGACAAGGACACACUCACAGUUGAGACGUCUUGGUGAAACGUGAAUUGAAUCUGUGACAACAUGGACAAGUCAGCCACAAGGAGAGUUGUACUACUGGGAAAAACUGGAAACGGGAAGAGCAGCCUGGCUAAUAUCAUAUUUGGAGAGGCCAGAUUCAAAAUUAACCAUUUUAAUGACUUGAAGGCAUGCGUCUCUGAAGGUGAAACCAAAUCUGUCAAAGGAAGAAGCAUCACUUUGAUCGACACUCCAGGCCUCUUUGACCAGGGCAAGUCUGACAAAGACAUGAGGCCUGAGAUGAUAAGGUGCAUCACAGAGUGCGCUCCUGGGCCUCAUGCUUUUCUCAUUGUGCUCAAAGUGGAGAAAUUCACAGAGCAAGAGAAGGCUUUUGUCACACGAAUAUGUGAACAUUUCUCUGAAGAUGCUCUGAAAUGCGCUGUCAUGGUCUUCACUCAUGGAGACCAGCUCAAUGAAGGAGUGAAAAUUGACGAGUAUGUGCAGCAAAGUGAGGGUCUGAACGACCUUGUGAAGAAGUGUGGUGGUAGAUGCCACGUCUUCGAUAGCAAAUACUGGAACAACAACGAGCAGGAUGAAUACAGAAGCAACCAGUUCCAGGUGGACAGUCUGCUCAACAGUAUAGAGCAGAUAGUGAUGGACAACAAUGGAGGCUACUACACCAAUGAAAUGCUUCAAAAAGUGGAGAGAGAAAUACAAAAAGAGAUAGAGCUCAAUAAGCCGUUAUCAGGAGACAGCUCACCUGAAACAAUUAGAAGGCAGGCUAAAAGUGCUGUCUUAAAGAAGCUGCUAGAAAAUGGAGGGCGGCCAUGGAGUAAGAGCAUUUUGGGUUUGGCAGUUGCAGCAGGAUUAAUAACAGUAGUCUCUGCUGUGUGGAUAAGUUUAAAGGGGAGGGUCAAAGUUCCUGACAAAGUAGUAGCAGACUCAGUGGCAGCAGUAGUCGAGCAGAUAGCUGAGAUGAUGCCAGCUGUGUCUUCACCAGUGGUAGACAUAGUCGAGCAGAUAGCUGAGAUGCCCCCAGCCGUGUCUUCACAACUGGUAGACAUAGUCGAGCAGAUAGCUGAGAUGCCCCCAGCCGUGUCGUCACCAGUCGUAGACAUAGUCGAGCAGAUAGCUGAAAUAGCAACAGGAGAGGCCGAUAAGGGAGCAAUCACAUCAAUGGAGGCAGGCAUGUGGAUCAUGGAUCACCUUAUGUGUUUGUAUGAGAGAACUUACAAUCCUUGGAAUCCAUUUGAAUAGACACCACGAUCAAAUAAUAAAACUCUUGUAAAAAUGGACAAACAGUAAAACUGUGCAGGUUGAAUUAGCUGACCCAUCGUGGCUUCUUAUGACUUCUUUGUUGUUAUAAUUGUUGUAUCAAAUGAAAAUUACAGAUACAUGGGUGCUUUUCAACAUUGAAGGGGUUCUCCACCAAUUGUGCAUGUAAUCAGAAACACUGUUUAACCUUUUCCUUGAUGUCUCCUAUUGCUCCAGAGGAACUCUUCAAUUAUAUCUGAUUAUGUUUUUUUGCUUGACUAUAAAUGUGUUAUUCCACAAUAAAACUGUAUGUUGGCUACA